AGCCAGGAUGGAUGAUCGAGCAUGGUAUUUGAGAACUUCAAAGCUGGCUCUGGCCUUGGCAAUUAUUCACUCAAAACCAGCAGACAAAAGCAGCAGAGACUACGCAGAGCACCUCUCGAGGGUGGUGUCUGGGCAAGAGGCGAAGUGGAGAUCAAAGGUCGAAGCCUUGGAAGCUGAAGUUCUGCAAUUACGUCAAAAACUUCUUCUGAGCAGGAUUUACUCAGGAUUGUUUAAGAGUGGAGACCCGUCUUCCCAGUUACAGGCUCAGGAACCUAGAAGUUCUGAGAAUACGUUAAGUCUGCUGGAAGAUUCUGGGUGUGGUUUAUCAAAUGAGCAGAGAACAGAACCUUCAGAGAUGUCCCAGCAUUUUGUGGAAAGCUGCACCCCUACACCUUUCCCACCACUGCCCAUUGUGAAAAGACACUGGGCUACUCCGGAAAAUCCUCUGUCUUCUCACAUGCAGUUCUUGCAGCGUCUGCUUGAACUGAAGAACUUGACAGCAUCAGGGAGUCUGAAAACAGACUUGAGCCUCUUUGAAACUGACUCUUCUGCAGUAUCAGAUUCUGUUUUCCAGUUGCUAGAUGGCCUGAUCACUUUUUACCGUAAACCCAAAUUUCCUUUUUCAAGCUUUUGGACAGAAGCUGUUGAUACUUUAGCCAGACUGAUCAGUGAUUGUGAUUUAUCUAAUCAUAUUCUUAAAAAGUGUUCCAAGAAGUUGGAAGAAUUUGAGAAAACCCUACUACAGAUUAUUUUAAGGAACAACCAUAUAAAUCGGUUUCAGGUGCAGCAUUAUGUCUCACAGAGCCUGGUAACCCUGGGAAGUUGCAGCUUGUUGAGAAAAUCUAUAAUAUCUCUGCUUCUGUCAGAAGUAAACAGCUUCGCUGAUGAUCUGGGUGCCGUCAAUCAGGUACAAGCCAGUUAUGAUGUGACAUGCUAUGAAAAUAUUUUCUACCUGUUCUGGGUUCUGGAGCAGCUUCUUCAAAAGGAAACCAAAGAAGGCAACACUUCAAGUAUCGGGCAUGAUGACCAAGAAAUCAGGAAAUUUCUUCAGAAGCAUGAUGAAACUAUUUUCCAACUCUCCGAUGCAUUUCCUUUAUUUACUUUUUAUUUAUGGCGAUUGGGCAUUCUCUUGAACUCAGUAGAGACAGAAACUGUUGAAAAUAACUCACUUCCUUAGCAAUUUACCAAAUAUCAGAAGCAUACUAAAGUUCAAU